CUCGCUGCACCAAUAAUUCGCGGCUCUCAAAAUAUAAUCUAUUGCUUUUUAUUGACGAAAAUAUGCAACUUACUAUAAUGUGAAAAAUGUAUAUUCAAAAUAAUCACAAUGAUCAAAAACUAUAAAGAAUACCACGGUCAACAAAAAAUACAGCCCGAUAUCAGCACUGAAUAUAAGAUAUAUUAGAAUCUAUAAAUUCUUAAAAUUUAACCUUCCUACAUGUGUGUAUCCAUAUACACUACUGGUACUCUGUCACUGAACAAAUACAAUCCAAAAAGAUUAAUGUUUGAUAUUUUGGAGAUGUGGAGAGUUGCAGAUGCUUGUUAGGGAUAUCAAACCUCCUGAAAUGUGAUUAUAGAGCAGAGUUAAACAAGGUGGAGCAGCACUUUCACAUUUCAGGAAUUGUUGCAUCACUAAAUAAAACAAACUGUGUUUUUAAAUGUUUGAAAAGAUGGCUUUCCCUCAGAGGUGAUCAAGUUGUGUAAAUGUGAUGUUUGUUUCUCCAGGAGAGCCUCGUGCCAUUUGCCCGAAUCCGACAAUUGAGGCGGUGGAAGGUGAUGCGGUCACUCUACCCUGUUAUCUGGAUCCCCCGCACAGCGUAGUGGAUUAUGCUGCCGAUUGGAAAAGAGCUGACCUCAAAAAGGUCGUCUACUCGUACCGACACAAGCAGGAAAAUCGCAAUGACCAGAUGGCUCAAUACAAAGGCAGGACAACUUUCAACUUUGACAACCUGAUAAGAGGAAACAUGGCACUACAGAUCUCCUCACUACAGCCGUCUGACAGUGGACCAUACGAAUGCUUUGUCUCAAGACUGUGGACCAGCUGUGGUGUUAAUGUCACUGUUGUGAGCAAAGACCAGCAGAACACGACAGAGAGAGAUGAUUACAGCGCGCCCAGACCUCCACUGGAUGAGCCACACAACACUGAUGGUAGAAACAGAGAGACUGCCCGCGCUGUUAUCAUUUCCACUGUUGUCCUUCUUUUUGGAGUUCUGAUUGUGGUUCUGGUGAAACGUGGAACGAUCCAGAAAAGUAUGACGAGGCUCAGAGGACAGGGGGAGCAAAAGUCGGAGGCGGCAAACGGCUGUGAGCUGAAACAUCUGAGGACUUCAUCAACAAACAGUGACCCCGAUGCAGGCAACUUGAACAAUGUGCAAGUAGUAAAGUGAUGGCCCAAACCAUCAGGUCAUUUUCUUUAAAGAAUAUAUUUGUUUAAUUGUCAGCCCUCCAAAAAUCAGCAACCUUUCAUCCUUUUUAAUAUUAAUCGUGUCUGUUGCUCUUAUCCAUAAAUUCAUGUACAUGAGGGACGGUGCUAUACACAAGAACAAAGAUUGAAAGAUACCAAAGUUAGCCUGAAACUGGUGUAAGUUAUCUUUACCAAUUUUCAGUCACACAGAACCUCAGGUCAUCUUACUGACAGAUACUAAACUGAGUUGGUUUCUCUGGAGCUGCACUCAAACGGUUCAUCUCAAACUCAUCUGACAGAAAGUUCACUGUUUACAUUAACAAUUACUCUGGUGUCCCACAAGGGGGCGAUCUUUGGACCUGUUCUGUUUUCUCUGUAGAUGCGACCUCUGGGUCGACUCCACUGGUGUCUCUGAACAUUGCUAUGGCGAUAACGCACAGCUUCGCUUCUCAGGGAAUGACCUCAAUAACGUUUAUUCGUAUAGCACAUUUCAACAACAAGGUAAUUCAAAGCGUUUUAACUAAAACUUAAAAGCCACAUAGAGAAAUAUAAAGUUAACAAACUAAUGUUAAUAGACAAUUAGAAAUUUAAAACGGGACAGUUAAAGUUACAGUUCAAGUUAUUAAUCUACAGCAUUGUUUGGUUUAAUUAGUGGCAGUGAUAAAAGAAAAGUCUUCAGUCUUGAUUUUAAAAGAACUGAAAGUUUCAGCAGACCUGCAGUUUUCUGGGAGUUUGUUCCAGAUAUGGAGAAUAGAAAUUGAACACUGCUUCUCCAGGUUUAGUUUUGACAGACAGGAAGCCAGUGUAAAGACCUCAGAACUGGACUGAUCCACUUUUCUGGUCUUAGUGAGGACUCGAAUCAGCUGCAGCUGUCUGAUUCAGGUUUUAGGGAGAUCUGUAAAGACACCGUUACAGCAGUCGAGUCGUUUUGAAGAUAAAUGUAUAGACACGUUUUUCCAGGUCCUGCUGAGACAUAAGUCCUUUAAUCCUUGAAAUAUUAUUCAGGUGAUAGUAGGCUCACCUAGUCUUUAUGUGAACCCCUCAUCACUACACUCGUUCAGUAAACCAAACCUACAUUUUAAGCCAAACACAUGAAACUUCUUGUGCUCAUCCUAAUCUGUUCUUGUUUAGACUGGAACUUCUCUUUACCUUCAUUGCACUCUGCUGAAACUCUACAGGUUGGCCUUCUAUAAAACACUGUUUGCCUUAAGUUUUGUUUAUUGUGCCUUAAUCUUUCUGUGUAUCAUGUGUAAUGUAUAUGUGUAUAUGUGGUUGCUGAUGUACUGUAUGUGUAUUUAAACUUGUCUUGUAUCCUAUUUGUGAAGCACUUUGACUCUUAAAGCAUUAUUUGAAUUAAGAAUAAAUUCAUCAUUGGACUCCUA